UCAAAGAUGGCGGACUGAAGAAGAAAUCGUUCAAUCUUUUGAAACUAAAGAAGUUUAUAUAAAAUAAGAAAAGAUGUGAUGUAGUCGAUUUUAUUUAAUGUAUAAAUGACAAAAAUGCAACAAGAAAUUAGCAAGGAUAAUAGACUUAGGAAAAAGAAAGCAAAAACUUGGACAGAAGCUGCCAAACUAGUUCUUGAUAUGUAUCCUAAGACUCCAAUGGGACAUAAGGAUAUAUUUAAUAUUAUUCGUUCAAAAGGUUUAAAAGAUGUCAGUGGGCCAGCUUCUCUUGCUUGUUUAAAUGCUAUGUUGCAUGUUCAUUCCAAAGGGUCAGAUGCAAUGUUUUACAGAGUGGCUGGAUCAACAAGUGUCUUUGGAUUAACAAGUGAUAUUCCUGAGGGUGCAGUUAGAAUGGAAGUGGAAGAAGAUGAUACAGGAAUGGAUACAGGAAAUGAAGAUUCUGAUAUUGAAUCAGGACAUACUACUUCACAAGAACAAAUAAUUAAAGAAAGAAAAGGAGUUUUAUACGUGAAACUUCCAUCUGGUUUUAAGCCUUCUCCUCCACAAGGAAUCAGUGGAAAUCAUUAUCAAGGAAAUGUUCAAAAUCAACAAGAUAGCAAUUCUUUUGGAUCCAGUACAACUGAAACUGUAUUAAGUGUUAGUGAAUCUUCUCGUGAAAGUGAUACAGCUGAAAAUACAGUUACACAGAAAUCUACAGAGGAAACUUUAGUUAAUGGUGAUAGCAAAGAUGUUGAAAACACUCAAGAAAAUGUUUCAAUGGAAAAGUGUCCAAUUAGGUCCAUUUCUUCCAAUAUACAAACGUCAAAUAUUAUCACAACAUCACCUGCAAAGGUGGUCAAAAACAUUGAAAAUAUAUAAAUUUGCUGG